AUGAAUAUGGAAAUAGUAGAUACUUAAAAGAGAACAUAAAAGAACCUAAGGAAAUUAAUUAGUCAAAAUAUAAAACUAUAAUAAUAGGUUCAGGAAAUUUAUAAAAAUAUUUUCAAAAGGGAAACCAGGAUUAAAAUACCAGGGAAUUAAUGUAAUAUUUAAUUCAAACAGAAAAAUAAUAAUAUAAUGAAGCUUGAAUUAAAAAAUUUUCUUAAGAUGUGGCUUUUAUAUUUAUGGAAUUUAUAUAUAGAUAUUUUAUACUUGAUAAAUCAUAUAUAUCAUUAAGAUGGAAAAAGAAUAGAAAUAUUUAAAAUAAAUGAUAGAUGUGCACUUUUUUCUUAUGAAUGA